AUGGAUGCCCAUGCCCACCUUCUCUCCCUUGGCUGGGCUGGACCGGGCCACUCCCUUGACUCGCGACCAUACAAACAAAAGGGCCACCGCGGACUCGCCUACGAUCCCUCCUCAGUCGGCAACACGGGCAACGGCCUCGUGAAGCCUCUACUUAUCUCUCAACGCCAGGGCCGCCUGGGCAUCGGGAGGAAGGCCCAUGAACCACAAGCGGGCAAUGAAUGGUGGUUAAAAGGCUUUGAAACUGCAUUGGGCAAUAUUGGCAAAAGCGAGAGCGAGAGAAGUAGCGGGACCUCUACCCCAGUUAGGGCCGAACACACAAGAGGCGGAGGCAAACAUGGUGGACUGUACAGCUUUUUCAUCAAGGGUCAGGAGAUGGAAGGUACAAUUGGCAAACCUGAUGAGAGUGAGAUAAAGCGGUUUUCAAAGAAACGGAAGAGCGAUGUACUUGAGGAUGACGAGGAAGAGGAACAAACUGCCACAUCCAAGAAGCAGAAGAAGGCAACAGCCGAAUUCGAACAGAUAGGCGCAUACUUAGCCCUUCGCGACAAAGAUGAAAAACGGAGAGUGCGAACGGAGAGACCCAGUCCGGUCGAGGAAUUUCGACAAGUGAGUGAAUACCUCGAGGCGAGGGAAGAGAAGAAAGUUAAGAAGAAAAAGCGGAAAUCAGAAAUACCACCUUCUGAAAAUGAAGUUGACCCACUGAUUGAAGAACAAGAUCAAGGACAAGAGAAACGAUCAGCACGUCCUGAAAGGAAAGAGAAUAGACGCGAGCGUCGACGGCAGAGGCGAGAGGAGAAGAAACUCGAAUCUAAAUUUGUUGAGGCUGAAGAUGCUGCUGCAAAAGCUGCUAGAUGUACAGGGCGGAAGAGAAGGAAAGCUGAGAAAGGUGCCCACCCGUUAUGA